CUCAGACGGCCCCGCAGGUGAAGAAGGACGAGGCCCUCUGCACCGGACUCCAGGCUCCAGGCGGCGGGCGGCGGGCGAGCGAGCGAGCGAGGGGCCCUCGGUUCCCCGCGGUCUCCGCAUGCGGCCGUGAAGCGUGAGGGGCGAGCGGGCGCAGCGAGCGACGAGAGAGGUAGAGGAGGAUGGAUGGGCUGAUGGCGAACCCCACCCUCGUCACGCUCUUUGCAGACGACGACGUCUCAAAGGAGAGCACCGACCUCGCAGUCGACGCCUCGUUGCCGGCCGGGGAGGGCGCGUUUGCAGGCAACGUCUCCCAGGCGCUGGCGAGCCCCGAGUUUGCGGAGGACGUGUCCCACGCGCAGCUCCCGCAGAACGAGUCUCCGCACGGCGGCGAGGCCACGGAGCCGCGCGCCGAGGAGGAGCCGCAGCAGCGCGUGGUGAAGAAGGGCGGCUGGCCAAAGGGGAAGAAGCGCAAGAAGACGGGACGCGACACUAACGCCCCGCGGGCGCCGCUCACGGGCUACGUGCGCUUCCUGAACGAGCGGCGGGAGCAGGUGCGCGCCGAGAACCCCGAGGUCUCCUUCCCCGAGAUCACGAGAAUGCUCGGCAACGAGUGGAGCAAGCUGCCCGCGCAGGAGAAGCAGAGGUACUUGGACGAGGCGGACAAGGACAAGGAGCGAUACAUGAAGGAGCUGGAGAAGUACCAGCAGACGGAGUCCUACAAGAUAUUCAACCGCAAGACGCACGAGAAGAAGCAGAAAAAAGAGGAACCUUGUUCUGUUAAUGGCUCGUCAAAUGAGAACGAAGACGAAUCGAGAGACAAGCUGUCGGUAUUUGACAUACCGAUUUUCACGGAAGAAUUUCUCGACCACAACAAAGCGCGGGAGGCAGAGCUGCGGCAGCUGCGCAAGACGAACACGGAGUACGAGGAGCAGAACGCGAUCCUGCAGAAGCACAUUGAGAACAUGCGCGCCGCCGUUGAGCGGCUGGAGCGCGACGUGAACGCGGAGCGCGUGCACAACCUGGCGCUGCACCAGCAUCUGGAGGCGCUGCGGCACGCGCUCACCAAUGGCUUCUCCGCCGUGCCGCUGCCCGGCUCUGGCGAGACGCCGACGCUGGAGACGAUCGACUCGUACAUGACGAAGCUGCACAACAUCAUCCUGGCGAGCCCGCAGGAGAACGAGGGCCUCCUGGCCACGGUGCGCGACGUGGUGUCCCGCCUUGACAGUGACAAGCUUUGAAAUGCAAGGGACGCUCCGACGGGCUUUUGGGGAGGGAAGAAAAGAAAGUCACAUGCUGGGUUUUCCAUGAAGCGCUCUCAUCGUGAUCUUUGAAGAGAAAGGAUGCAUUCUGGAUAUAUGUAUAAAAAUACACAACGGAAAAAUGAGAACAAAAAAAUGGCAACGGCUUAAACAAAAAAGAAAUGCUGACAGCUGCGACGACGUAUUUGCCCGUUGGCGGAAGUCGACGAUGAAAUAUCAAUGGAAUUUUCCACGGAGGACUUUUCACGGCAAAAAAAAAUAAUGUCUCGGAGAAACACCGUCGGCUCGGUCCGCUGAAGAAUUUUCAUCCGAUGACACUGGUCAACACACUUUUUCUGGCAAAAGGUAUUCCAACGGUUUGAAGGUAAUUUUGGGGUGCUGAUUCCAAAUCUGGCAUUAGUUUUUGUCUAUAACAUCAGGUUUUUGAGAUAUCAAAUAUUGCAUUUUCAAUAAAAACUGCAGAAGAAAAAUAUUAAAUAAAUGUGGAUAUCUACAUAAAAUGAUAUUAUAAACACACUAUCCUAAAAAUACAGCACCAUAUUUUAACACUAAAGCAGUCACUGACUCGCAACAACUUGCAAUCAUAAGUGACAGAGUUAAUUUCGGGUAAAAUCAAUGAAAAUGGGGUAUGCCGAUAGCAUAAAAAUGAGAUGCGAUAGAGCAAAUCUGAGAUCAGAUUUGGAAUCAGCACCCUGAAAUUAGUCUAAAACAGCUGCAAAAGUCCAGGCCAGAAAUUUUUUUUUUCGUUGACCAGUGUUAUUAGAAUCCUUGGCUUGGGGCCCGUUACCAGAGCGUGAUACUGCUGCAUCUCAUCGCAAAGCACCGCGCUCCUUGCAGCCAAUGCAGACCCAGUCGAGUCUU